AUGGCUACGCCAGGACGGCCUCUGAUAGUGGGCAAUGACGAUGGCCCGGAAGCACCCUUUCCAUACCAGAUGGAGGGUAAGAUCACAACGGGAUUCCAGCGUGGUUCAACUCUUAUCGGCUUCCCCACUGCCAAUCUCCCCAUAAACCUCACCCGAACCCCCUGGAUAAAUACAAUCCCAACAGGCGUCUACUAUGGCUGGUCCGCCCUCCGUCUCCCCCCUUCCCAUGCUGACUACCCCUUCUCUUCCUCCGCUUCAUCUCCCCCUUCCUCACCUUAUGCUCUCUAUCCGAUGGUCAUGUCCAUAGGAUACAACCCGUACUUCAAAAACACCGUCCGCACGGCAGAAGUCCACAUCCUGCACAAGUUCGAGCAGAACUUCUACGGAGAACCCCUACGACUGUUGAUAUUGGGGUAUAUUCGGCCCGAAAAGGAUUACCCGUCGCUGGAGGCCCUGAUUGAGGAUAUUCGGUUCGAUACCAAGGUGGCGAGCGAGAGUUUGAAGAGGAGGGCGUGGGCGCCGAAGGGGGUUGAGGUUGUUGGGGGGUGGGAGGGGGGUGAGUUGGAUGUGCAGUGGUUGGUGAGGGAGGAGGAGGAUUAUGACGAGGUUGAGGUGAAUGGCGUGGAGGUGAACGGAGUGGACGGUGAGAAGAAGAUUGAGGAGAACGAUGACGCAAAGAAGGAGUAG